AUGGCAUUAGGUGUAUCGAGAUUGGAGACACUUCUUCGUUGUAGUGUUCUAUAUCCUGUUUUUUCGUACUUGUUGCUUCGUUCUACUCCUUACAUUGUUACUCGUUUACAUAGAGUUCUUCAGAGUUUUUCGCACUCGUCCGAUUCCAACAAUAUGGAGGUUGGAUCUGAUGAAGGUAGCAGUAUGCCGCGCCAUCGUGGUAGGAAUCACGAUAGGCUUUCUAGACGCCGAGCAUGGACAAUAAUGAAGGAAGAAUGCCUUAUUGCAGCACUAAGGAAUUUGGUGGCCGAACCUCACAUCACUUCCAAACUGCACGUCUGGAAAAAACAUUACUCUACACUGACCACCAUGCUUACAAGGUCUGGGUUUGGUUGGGACGACAGCCGGAACAUGGUAACGGUUGAAGAAGAUUCCGUUUGGGAUGAUUACGUGAAGAUGGAUCCAUCCGCAAAGGGGAUGAGGCAUAAAACUUGGCCAUUUUUACCUUCCUGGAGGGAAAUUUUUGGUCGGGAUCGUGCUACUGGAGAACGAAGUGCUAAUCCAUUUAAGGAGGCCAACGACAUCCGAGAUGAGGAGAUUGGUGAAACCCACGAAUGUAAUGUGCGGGAUGAUGGAUGUAUUCUGGAACCAGCUGAAGACAGGGUGGAGGGUGAACCUGUUUCGUCUUUCAAUGCCAGCGUGGAUCCCACACAGAACUCCUCAAGUGCUGCCAAACGCACGGGUGGAUCGUCCUCAAAGAAGCGAAAAUCCACUUAUUUGUAUGAUGGUAUCCCUAAAUUAGUUGAAAUGGUCACUAACUUCUGCGAGUCGGCUAACGCGCGCUUGGGAAAGUUGACGAGGCAAGUUAGAGAGUUGGAAGGCUUUGACGAGAACGAACAGUUGAUGGUAGCAAACCGGCUGGUGAAGGAUCCCAAGGAGAUGGAGCUCUUCCUGGGCUUGACAAGGGAUUCUAGGGUGAAGUUCGUUCAUCUAAUGCUCGCAGGCAAGAUUUAA